AUGUCACCCCCCAAACAGCUGAAGAUCAUGGACGCGGUGAAAACCCGGAAUAAAGACCGGAGAAAAGACAAACAAGAUGGCGGCGACACACCUGGCUUGUCGGACGACCAGUCAGAUGCUGAAUCAAUCUCCUCCAAACUAUCGGACUCAAUGAUCACAGAACGAAGUCUGCACAGAAUGCUGCAAGAUCUCCGCUCUACCAUUAGGAAGGAUUUCCUACAAAUUGACAGUGAACUGAGGAAGGAAAUCACAACACUGGGCGAAAGAACUAGCCAUCUUGAAAACAAAUCCGACGAGCUGUGUGUAGCUCACAAUGAAGUUGUUGAUAAACUUCAGAAACUCUCAGAAGACAACAAUAUGCUUCAAUUAAAAUUAGCAGAUCUAGAGGAUAGAUCCAGAAGGCAGAACGUAAGAUUCAGGGGUAUACCGGACGAUAUAUCCCACGAUGCUCUUCCUGCUUAUAUACUAUCUAUUUGUAAAAUCUUAGUUCCAGACUUACCAUACUCUGCAUGGACUUUUGACCGCAUGCACAGACUUCCACGCCCGGCACGUAUGGCACAAGAUGUCCCUAAAGACACUAUUGUGAAGUUUCACUACUUUGCACACAAGAACACUCUGCUCAACGCAGCAAGAAAGGCAGGCACUCUACCUGACCCCUUUCGAAAUAUAUUCCUAUUUGCUGAUCUGUCAGCUUCCACUAUGGCACGUAGAAAAGAAUUUAUAACCAUCACCAAAACCCUACGCAAUAAUAAUAUCUCCUACAAGUGGGGUUACCCAACAAAACUCCUGGUCUGGAGACAAGGCAGAACACUGGUUAUAACCGAACCAACCGAAGGCAUGAAGAUAAUCACCUCCUGGGGGCUUUGGAAUGCAACCACGACAACUUCACAUGCCGCACAAGCAACAGACCUCUCCCCGAAGAAACUUCAAGCGGAUUGGAAUAUGACGGGAUCGUCUACUACAAAACCAUGAACUGCCUAUUAACUCAACAUUCGCGGGAAGCGAUGAGUAUAACCUAUACUGCAAUAUGCUGACAAGUUCUCAUGUUCAAUUGUUCUCUCUUUAUUCUUUACUGUGUAAUAUGUCAUUACGUUUGCAUUGAAUGUCAGCAUAAUUGACUCUAAAACUUAGUUAAGUUAUAUGCCUUAACUCAUUUUUAGGGAGUAGAUACUAUGAAAAUGUGGCAAUGCAUAAUUGUACACGCCAGAUAUGAAGUGCACAUUGCGACAUGGACCCUUUCAGUUGUGCCUAUUAGCCUGGUUCUCCGUGAUCGCUCACGAUCACCAUGUGUCACUCAGCACAGAUUCUGAUUUUAAUUGCGGGUGAAAUUCUAAACCCAGUACUCCUGUACUUGGACUGAUGUCCAUAAAAUGGUAGAUUAACAUCAUUGCACCUAGUAAAUGCAGCAUAUAAGUAAAAUCACCGCCUAUCUGAAUAUGAGCGAUUAAACUAACUUAAAACCGUGCAACAAUAUACUACCAAUCCCAACUUACUUUAGAAGGAAUGAGCGCACGCGCUGGUAUCACCAAAAAGUUUAUUAAACAUAGUAUUUUUCUUUAGCUUACUUUAUGUUCCUUCCUUGGAUAAAUCCUAAUCUAUGACUUUAAAACGGCAAAAAGCGUUGCAGCUGCAUGCACCAUGUCGCAGGUACACGUUCCCAAAUAAUAGCUUUCACAAGUGCAUAUGCUCUGACUGUAUAUAGUGCUGGGCGCCGUAUGCAGGUCAGAAACAACAACCCUUCACCUACCAGCAUACGGUGCAACCCGCCUUAUUGUAUUUAUUUUACUUUAUUUUAAUUUUUUAUUUAUGUGUACACUUUAUAUUCGCUAGUCAUGUCUUAUGGUUUUACAGUUAAGUGGCCGAGUCCUAUAUUCAAUGGGAGAGGAAGGACAUCAUAGACGAUUGAGCGUAGACGAAUCACUAUUCGGCAACGUCGUCCUUCCAAAACCCCCCCCCCCCUCUCUAGCUUAGUAUCACCACUACCCGGUUGUCAUAUUGAUAUCACCAUCCCGUGUUUCAUGUCACGCUCUAAUAGAAUUCGGAAACCGUUCGCCUGCCGAACGCAUCCUCUAGCUCUGGUGACACGUUAG